UCCAGGAAAUCUCAUCUAGAGACACACAUCAAAACAGUACAUCUAAAAGAGAGGCCAUACAAGUGUGAGAUAUGUAAUAAGAGCUACUUUCAGAAUUCAUCUCUAAAGGUGCACAUGCUAACUCAUACAGAAAAGGAUCCCUUUAAGUGUGAGAUUUGUCAUAAAAAUUUCAUGACCAAAUUAGGUCUGAAGUAUCAUAUGGAAGUACAUGUGGGAGUUAAUCAAUUUCAUUGUGAUAGUUGCAGCAAGGCCUUCUUGCGAAAAACUACACUAGAGGUACACAUGAGACUACACACUGGAGAGAAGCCCUACACCUUUGUUGACUACUUAUAUAUCAAGGACAGGAUUAAGCUAGAAUAUCAGCUUUUCAAGAGGACAGCAAAUAAACCAUUGAAAUUGGAUGGAAACAUAAAAUGGAAGAAAAUGAGUUUCUUUUGUGAUUGGAAGCCUAUGGUCCAACCCAUUGUUCAUGAAAUAUGUAAUCAAGGAAUUUCUAUAGAAGAAAAGGUAAAUGAAAAGAUAAAGGAAGAGAAUGAUUUGGAAAUUAAGGAAGAAAGUUUAGACUAUGAAGUGAGCAAUGGAAACCCAAAAUACAAUUAUCAAUUAUUUAUGGGAGAAAAGAGCAUUAACGAGGAAGAAAAUGGGAAAUUAUAUAAAAUGAUAAAAGACAGUAAUGAUGCAUUGAUGGCAGCACCACUUGUGGCUGAUCGUUGUGAUAGCUUACACCCAUCAGACAGUGACCAGACAAGCCACAAGGAAGGUGAGGCUUAUUCUCAAAUAGUUAAAAUAGUUGAACAUAAUAGAGCGCAUAGAAAGAAAACUCACAUAUGUGAGAUGUGCAAUAGAGUAUAUGCAUUAAAACGCUCAUUAGAUAACCACAUAAGAGAAAAACAUACAAAAGAGAAACCAUAUAAGUGUGAGGCUUGCAACAAGGCUUUCACAAUGAACAUGAAGCUGUUGAUACACCGGAGAAUGGAAUGUGAGUACUUUUGCUCAUUGGGUAAUAAUCAGACACUUAAGGAUGGCAGUAAAGAGGGGAUGUCUAAAAAUGUGCCUGAAGUAUGGAAAUGCUUUACUUGUGAAGUAUGUGGUAAGAAAUUCCCCUUUAAACCAAGGCUGUUGGCUCAUAUGAGGAUUCAUACAAAAGAGAAGCCUUUUAAAUGUGAGAUAUGUGAUACACCAUUUGCUAGGAAAGCUGAUGUAAGUAACCACAUGAAGACACAUACAAAGGAAAGACCUUACAUAUGUGGUACAUGCAGUAGAGGAUUCUCUAGGAAAUCUCAUCUAGAGACACACAUCAAAAUAGUACAUCUAAAAGAGAGGCCAUACAAGUGUGAGAUUUGUAAUGAGAGCUACAUUCAGAAUAGAUCUCUAAAGGAGCACAUGCUAACUCAUACAGAAAAGGAUCCCUUUAAGUGUAAGAUUUGCCAUAAAAAUUUCACGACCAAAUCUAGUGUGAAGCAUCAUAUGGAAGUACAUUCAGGAGUUAAGCCAUUUAAUUGUGAUAUAUGCAGCAAGGCCUUCUUGCGAAAAACUACACUAGAGGUACACAUGAGACUACACACUGGAGAGAAGCCCUACACCUGUAAUGUAUGUAACAAGUCAUUUAGAGCUCACUAUACUUUAAUUAAACACAGUAGACUGCAUACUAGAGAGAAACAGAGUACAUGAGAGGUUACUGUUAAUUAAGGUAUAUUUUUACAAGAUAUCAUAUGUUCUAUUAUUCUUUUUUACCCCAAAUAUUACCUUAUCUGUUAUCAUUACAUUUCAUGAUGAAAAUGAGUUUCUUUUGUGAUUGGAAGCCUUUGGUCCAACCCAUUGUUGAUGAAAUAUGUAAUCAAGGAAUUUCUAUAGAAGAAAAGGUAAAUGAAAAGAUAAAGGAAGAGAAUGAUUUUGAAAUUAAGGAAGAAAGUUUAGACUACGAAGUGAGUGAUGGAAACCCAAAAUACAAUUAUCAAGUAUAUAUGGGAGAAAAGGGCAUUAACGAGGAAGAAAAUGGGAAAUUAUAUAAAGUGAUAAAAGACAGUAAUGAUGUAUUGGUGACAGCACCACUUGUGGCUGAUCGUUGUGAUAGCUUACACCCAUCAGACAGUGACCAGACAAGCAACAAGGAAGGUGAGGCUUGUUCUCAAAUAGUUAAAAUAGUUGAACAUAAUAGAGUGCAUAGAAAGAAAACUGAGAUGUGCAGUAAAGUAUGCUCAUCAAACUACAGAUUACAUAACUACAUUUAGAGCUCACUAUACUUUAAUUAAACACAGUAGACUGCAUACUAGAGAGAAACAAGGUACAUUAGAGGAGUUACUGUUAGUUGAGAUGUUUUUUACAAGAUAUAUGUUCUGUUAUGAAGUAAAGCUUGAUAUUCAAUACAUACACAUAUAUACACAUACGAAUAUACUCACAUACA